GCCAGAAUUGUAAGGUUGAUCUCGAGGACAGAGUUGAAAGGGGUGUUCCCGAGGACAGAGUUGAAAGGGGUGUUCCCGAGGACAGAGUUGAAAGGGGUCUUCCCGAGGACAGAAAUGUAAGGGGUGUUCACGAGGACAGAGUUGAAAGGAGUGUUCCCGAGGACAGAGUUGAAAGGGGUGUUCCCGAGGACAGAAAUGUUAGCGGUAUUCCCGAGGACAGAAAUGUAAGGGGUGUUCCCGAGGACAGAAAUGUAAGGGGUAUUCCCGAGGACAGAAAUGUAAGGGGUGUUCCCGAGGACAGAGUUGAAAGGGGUGUUCCCGGGGACAGAAAUGUAAGGGGUGUUCCCGAGGACAGAGCUGAAAGGGGUGUUCCCGAGGACAGAAAUGUAAGGGGUGUUCCCGAGGACAGAAAUGUAAGGGGUAUUCCCGAGGACAGAAAUGUGAGGGGUGUUCCCGAGGACAAAGUUGGAAGGGGUGUUCCCGAGGACAGAGUUGAAAGGGGUGUUCCCGAGGACAGAAAUGUAAGGGGUGUUCCCGAGGACAGAAAUGUUAGCGGUAUUCCCGAGGACAGAAAUGUAAGGGGUGUUCCCGAGGACAGAAAUGUAAGGGGUAUUCCCGAGGACAGAAAUGUAAGGGGUGUUCCCGAGGACAGAAUUGUAAGGGGUAUUCCCGAGGAAAGAAAUGUAGGGGGUGUUCCCGAGGACAAAGUUGGAAGGGGUGUUCCCGAGGACAGAGUUGAAAGGGGUGUUCCCGAGGACAGAAAUGUAAGGGGUGUUCCCGAGGACAGAAAUGUAAGCGGUAUUCCCGAGGACAGAAAUGUAAGGGGUGUUCCCGAGGACAGAAAUGUAAGGGGUGUUCCCGAGGACAGAAAUGUAAGGGGUAUUCCCGAGGACAUAAAUGUAAAGGGUAAUCCCGAGGACAGAAAUGUAAGGGUGUUCCCGAGGACAGAAUUGGGUGUUCCCGAGGACAGAGUUGUAAGGGAUGUUCCCGAGUACGGAAUUGUAGUGGAUUUUCCGGAGUACAGAGUUAUAGGGGAGUUUCUGGGGUACGGAGUUGAACGGGAUUGUCCGGAGUACGGAGUUGUAGGGGAUAUUCCCGAUUACAGAGAUGAAGGGGAUUUUCCGGAGUACUGA